AAUCUAGGACAGUUUAAAAGCAUGAGAAAAGUACAGUGUACUGUAACAAAUGUGCCACUGGGGAAUCUCAACAACCCAUAAUACUAGUUACCGUAGGAACAGAGGCUAUUCAGCAAAAAGAUGUAGCUUCAGCUUUUCAGGUCCAGAUCCACUUACUAGCACUCUCCAGCAAAAUCUCUGUCUGCUGAGCAAGACUGUCAGGCAGAGAAUUCAAUUAUCAUAAACAUAAAACUAUUUCAAAAGCAAAGUAUUAACUUCCAGCAAUAAUUUUAAAGUAAAUUUCAGACGAAUAACUUAGACGAUAUUUAAAUGUAUUAUUAUUAUAGAAAAUAUGGAAGCAAACAUGUGAAACUGCAGAACAUGAAUGUAAGAAAAUGGAUGGAUGGAUUUCUUUACACUAUUUGUUAUCUGUAUAUUAUCUUGUUUUGUGAAAUGCAUGAAAGACAACGACUUAAAACCAAGUGACUCCUGGAAUAACAACACUUGCGGACUUUUUAAACUUAGUUAAAGUUUUUCUUCAGUUAGAAAAAUGAUCAGCUACAUCAUUAUUAACACUUUACUAGUAUUGUGUUGCUCUGACCUAUCAGGGCAUGGACACAACACCACUAGACUAUCCUGUGAUGUCUGGAACCAGAACACUUGCAGUGGUUCCAUUGGAUCCUGUGGGUUGGCUUGAGUUUGGCUGAGGCAACCGAUGAUGAAGUGUGCCCUGGCAGAUCUUGUAGAUAUUCAUUUGGUUUGGGAUCUAAAGAAUGUGGAGGCCAGACUCAGUGCCUGGGGUUCUUUGUGUUUCUACUGCUGUUUUUGCCAUGCUUUGGGAUGCAUUGCCCUGCUGUAGAAGAAUGCUGCCCCAUGUUAAGUUGAUAGUAGAGGUCAAGGUAACAACCACACAAAAGCCAAAAGUUCACCCAAAGUUCACUUUUCAUAGGUUUUGAUGUUAAGGCAGUAACAUAAUGCUCAUUCGAAUAUGCUUAAAUCAUAAUUUUUUUCUAUUGACUGCUGUGUAUUAGUGAUGCAUGCGACUGUUUGCAGCAGUUCUUCUCUGCAGCCUUGUGAUGGCAGCAUAAUUCUUUGAAAUCUGCACAAUGCCCUGAGCUUCAGAAUAGAGUGCAGGUUCUGGAGAAAUGCUGCUCGUCCCUGAUAAACUACCACCUGCUACUGAGUUAGCUGUUACCAUGAGAGACCAUGUUAUUUCUUAGAUGAUCGAAAUGCAUUGGUUACUAAAGACAUCUUAAAACAAAUGCAAAAGUAUCCUUGCUUUGUUUGUUACUGUUUUUGCUGGGGGUGUAAAGUUAUAUGUCUUUGGUUUAUUGGCUCCAAUACAAGACAGAAAUUCUGGCAUUCUUGUUUUAAACUGUUUACCUAAAUGUCCACUUUGGAUUGGAAAUGGGAUCAACUGUAACUAAACACAUAUAACAGUGGACUAAAGCUCCUUCAAACUUCACUCCCCUCCUUAGCAUGUAGCCACUAAGGAAAUCACAGACGGACAAUCCCUGCAAGAACUUUCACACCUCUUACAUAUGUUAUAUGAGAGACGCAGUGCAAGAAUGGUGUGGACUGAGGAUCUAUUUUAGUGAGCCACUCACAUGAGCACUGGAAUCUAUAUAUCUACCCUCUUUCUUUCCUUCUAGUCUCAGAAAAAGACGCCUGUGAGUGUUUGUCACUUGCUGUAGAAGAUUAAACGAGGGGGAACACAAGACUGCAAUCAUGUCUGAAGCGCCUUCGAAACCAAAGCCAAAAAUCUCUGCAUCUCGCAGGCUGUUCUUGAAGACAAAACUGCUAAAGAAGGCCAUGACUAUGUUGGAGAACGAAAAACAAUUCAAAAAAGAUGAACGAGAGAGGAUCCUUGCUGAGAGAGUGCCAGACCUCCAAAUAUCCGGUCUGUCUUUGCAGGACCUACAGAAUCUUUGCAAGCAGCUACAUCAGAAGAUUGACGUGGUUGAUGAGGAGCGCUAUGAUAUUGCUCUUAAGGUGACAAAAAAUGACAAGGAGAUACAGGAUCUGUCUCAAAAGAUCUUUGAGAUGAAAGGCAAGAUGAAGAGGCCCAAUCUGAGGAGGGUGAGGGUGUCUGCUGAUGCAAUGCUGGGAGCUCUGCUGGGCUCCAAGGUCAAAGAGUCUGUGGACUUCAAGGCCAACCUCAAGACUGUGAAGAAAGAGGAGGAGAAGAAAGAGGAAGUGACUGACUGGCGUAAGAACGUGGAUGCCAUGUCUGGUAUGGAGGGCAGAAAGAAGCUGUUCAAUGCUGGACAAUAGAUUUAAAAUGAAUAUCUGGGUAAAGUUGUCUGUUACCACACAGGUGGACGCAGCGAACUGCAUUAACUUUAUAAUGGUUAUAAUUCGGACACAGCUCAUGUUGUGAAUAUACAGACAGUAGUGAGGCAUCAGUAGUGUCUUUAGGACAACUGUCUAUUAAUAUACAUAUUUUUUGCAUAAUAAAAAAUAUGUACAUAAACAUAUUAGAGCACUCCGUUGCUUUUAUAGUUUUUUAGCUUAUAUAUGAAUCAAUAUUGAUUGCCCUGCUUAUUGACUUUAUUUACUUAUCAAAAAAAUCACCCAUAUUUACAGAAAACCAGAUGAGCAUAUGACAAGAAAUCUUUCAUGUGUCCUGCUUAUGUUGUCUGAAAAAGCUUGUGCUCUUUUGCUAUACUGAACUGAUUAAGACCGUGAAUGCACAUUCCAGGGGCAGCUAAUGCUGGAGUCAACUGUUCAUGAAGUCCUUGUAUGAAUGUGGUAUUAAUUAAACUAAUGAGCAAAGCAUUGUCAUAAUCAAUCAAAUAAUAAAAUCUCUUUAACAUUAA